AUGGUCUCACUCACUUUCUGGUAUGGUCACGCCCACUUUCCAGUAUGGUCUCACUCACUUUCUGGUAUGGUCACGCUCACUUUCCAGUAUGGUCUCACUCACUUUCUGGUAUGGUCACGCCCACUUUCCAGUAUGGUCUCACUCACUUUCUGGUAUGGUCACGCCCACUUUCCAGCAUGGUCUCACUCACUUUCUGGUAUGGUCACGCCCACUUUCCAGCAUGGUCUCACUUACUUUCUGGUAUGGUCACGCCCACUUUCCAGUAUGGUCUCACUCACUUUCUGGUAUGGUCACGCCCACUUUCCAGCAUGGUCUCACUCACUUUCUGGUAUGGUCACGCCCACUUUCCAGUAUGGUCUCACUCACUUUCUGGUAUGGUCACGCCCACUUUCCAGCAUGGUCUCACUCACUUUCUGGUAUGGUCACGCCCACUUUCCAGUAUGGUCUCACUCACUUUCUGGUAUGGUUCCUCUCUCUUUCUGUCUUUCUAUCUAUCUUUCUCUCUCUCUCUCUCUUUCUCUGUGCCAUUUCCAUUUAUGGUUCCCCACAACUUCCUAUCUUAUACAAAAAUGGUUAUUAAAAAUCUUUUUGCUUUGCUUUUCUUUUCCUUCCGUUUCCCCAAUUGAUUUUUUUUUUGUUUUCAUUUUGUCUCCUUUUCAUUUUUAUUUUUUUUUAUCUUUCUCUUUUUUAUUUCUGUUUCUUUUCUUUCUUUUUCUUCCCUUCUUUUUAUUCAUUUUUUAUUUUUCUUCCUUUUUCUUUUUGCUUUAUUUUUCAUUUUCAUUCUUUUCUUUUUUUUUUGCUUUAUCCUUCAUUUUCACAUUCUCCAUUUUUUUUUCUUUCUUCAUUUUAUCCUUCAUUUUCACAUUCUCCAUUUCCUUUUUUCUUUCUUGCUUUAUCCUUCAUUUUUUCACAUUCUCCAUUUCCUUUUUUCUUUCUUGCUUUAUCCUUCAUUUUUCACAUUCUCCAUUUCUUUUUUCUUUUCUUUUUUGCUUUAUGCUUCAUUUUUCACAUUCUCCAUUUCCUUUUUCUUUCUUGCUUUAUCCUUCAUUUUUCACAUUCUCCAUUUCCUUUUUCUUUCUUGCUUUAUCCUUCAUUUUUCACAUUCUCCAUUUCCUUUUUCUUUCUUGCUUUAUCCUUCAUUUUUCACAUUCUCCAUUUCCUUUUUCUUUCUUGCUUUAUCCUUCAUUUUUUUCUCCAUUUCUCCUUUUCCUUUUUCUUUUCUUCUUUUUUCAUUUUUCACAUUCUCCAUUUCCUUUUUCUUUCUUAUUUCCUUACUAUUUCUUUUUCUUUUCUUCUACCUUCUCUUUCUUUUAA